AUGGCUAAGGAAAGUGAUAUGUCUUUAGUCCAUGAUAUAUUAGAACCGUAUAGGCGGGUGAUAAAUACUGAUCCGCCAAAAGACAAGCUGUCGGCGUCUACAAAAUUGAAUUUUUCUGAUAGUAAUCAAUCGUUAAAAGAAGGCUUAGCUAACCUAUUGUCUAGCAAAAGGAAGUCAACCCUUAGUCCCUUCGAAACGAUUACGCCCGAAAAACGUCCUCGCACGGACACUACCGCAAACGUAGUAUCUGCACCUCCAUCUCCAUGGGAGGCAAAGCGGUUGAAAAUUGAUUUAAUUGCUGCUAAAGCUCAGAUUACAAAGUUAGAAGCUAGAGUUAACCAUCAGCAUACAAUACGUAAGGAAAUGCAAAUUCUAUUUGAAGAGGAAAAGGCUUCUCUUGUGGAGCAGCAUAAAAGAGAUGAAAGGGCUCUGGCAGAUAUGGAAGAACGUCUUCAAGUUGUCAGAAGAAGAGAACAAGAGUUAAAAGAUGAACAUAGUGAGGCCGUUAAAGAGUUUCAAGAGAGUAAGGCUAAGUGGGAAAAAGACAAAGCAGAUUUUCAAAAGCAGAUAGCUGAUCUCAGAGAUAAACUCCUAGAAGCCAAUGUUAGCAGUAAGGAUCAGCUCUCAGAAAUGAAAAAAGACAUGGAUGAGCUACUUCAGGCUUUAGAAGGUGCUCAGUCCGAAGUGGAGAUGUUAAAGAAUGAAGUAGCUAAGCAGACAAGUCGGGGAGAGCAGUGCAUAACAUUAAGAACACAGCUGGAAAAGCAAACCUUUGAACUGCAACAAGUUACAAAUAAACUUAAGGAGUUAGAAUAUGAAAGAGAUUCAUACAAAGACUGGCAGACUCAAGCAAAGACUGCUCAGAAACGGCUGAGCAAUAUGGCGGAGUUAGAGAAGGAAGUGACAAGACUGAGGGCUGCUGAAAAGUCACUGCGUGAUGCUGUCUGCAACAAGCUGCUUCUGGAGGAACAAGUGCAUCUCCUGACUAGUCGAGUUGAGGCUUUGCAGCCAGUGCAACAGGAGCUCCAUGAGGCUAAGGUGAAAAUGGCGUCCCUGGAAUCUGCUCUGGAGGAGUGGAAGAGCGCUGCACGUGCCCAUGGAGUGGAGUCUCCGCGAGCUCUGACCUCUACGCUGGAGUAUGCGCUCAGUAACCAGCUAACAGCGGUGGCGGGCUGCUCGGAGGCCCAGUCUCAAAUGGCCCAGCUUAGUGAGGAGAUAGCAACGGCGAAGUACGAACGCGAUAAGGCUACGUCAAAGUUGAGCGAUCUGCAGACAGUACGCAAGAACCAAGAGAGCCUCAUACACAGGCUGCAGAAGCGACUGCUUCUUGUCACCAGAGAGAGGGACAGUUACAGGCAACAGCUAGACUGCUACGAGAAGGAGUUGACGGUGACGCUGUGCGGGGAGAGCGGGGCUGGCAGUGCAGCGCUGCUCGCAGCCAGGGUCGAGCAGCUGGAGAAGGCCCUGCAGGGCUACCGCGAUUUGCUGGCCGCCCACGACCAAGAGGCGCACACCAAAGCUCUGGAGGGGCUGCGCGCUGAGGCGAGCAAGUGGCGCGAGGAGGCGGACGCGGCGCGAAGGGACGCGCAGAAGCUACGCGCGCAGCGGGACCAGCUGCAGGCGCACGUCGAGCGCCUUGCCGCCACCGGCCCCGCGCCCGCCACUAAGGUGCUGCAUCUCACGGAUAACCCGGCGGCCGCGGCACACAAACAGAUGCAAGUCGACCUGGACACCGCUCAGGAGGAGAUAAAAAGGCUCAAAGCCGCCAUUCGGGACGGCGGGACGGCGGUGUGCCCCGAAGAAAUGCAGCAGUUGAAACAGCAGCUGGAGAACAGUCGGAUUAAACUGAAGAGAAUGAAGGAGGAAUUCACGUCGUCGGCUCAGGAGUAUAGAGAUGUCGUGUACAUGCUGUUAGGUUACAAAAUUGAUAGGACGGGACAUAAAAAUUAUAGAAUAUCAAAUAUGUAUGCCGAGUCAUCGGAGGAGUAUCUCACUUUCACUCUCUGCGACGACGGCAUCGAAAUGGUGCACACCGAGUACUCGACCACCUUGGGGGAGCUGGUGGAGUUGCAUCUCCACCACCACAGAUCCAUACCCCUGUUCCUCAGCGCCCUCACCAUGGAACUUUUCACGAGGACCACCAUGCAGCAAGAAGUGCAG